GAUCCAAAAAAUAAGAAUAUGAGACUUAUUAUUUAUUAUACACCACCUACUGGUGUACCUACCUAUCUUAUCGGACUCCGUAAGCAGAAAAAAAAUAAUUGGUACACGCACAUUAAUAAGUUCCAGAACUUCUUCUUUUUCUCCUCUUCUCUUCUCCUCCCCCAACUUCUUCUUCUUCUUCCUCUUCCUCUUCACGUAGCCAAAGAAAGUCUCGGAUUGCCUUCAUCCAUUCCUACAUACACAUACACAAUUUAAUAACUUCUUAAUCCAAUCACAACAUCUUUCAACAUGGGAGGAGGUAAUGGCGCAAAAGCAGCUUCCAAGCGUGCACGCAAUCAAAAAGAUGCUGAGAAGGGCGUCGCAAAGUCGCAACUGAAGGUCAACGAGUCAGCCAAGGAUAUCCAAUGCGAGGUUUGCAAAACCACUUUCUUGAAGACUACUAGACUUCCUGCUCUCACGGAACACGCCAUGAACAAGCACUCAAAAGGACCGGAGCUCUGCUUCCCAUCGUUCAUGGCCCAGCAGGCUGCAUUAGUUGGCAAGAAAUAAAUUCUUAACACUUCUUUGUGCGACUCAUCUUACAAUUUCGUACGACGCAAUGACGAAGACACGAUAUUUUACGGUUGGGCAGAUGCGGUGGAGGAAAAUUUUGGGUUUCGAUGAUCAGAGGGUUGAUAUCAAUUUGCGAAAGAAGAACAAGCGAUUGGCGCAUGGGCGGGAGACACAAUGGCGUUUAUUCACAAGCCAGCAGACUUAGCUAUUUGAACCAGAACAAUCUGCUUCUUAUCUACAAAUGUGUGUUUUACUUCGCAUGAUGAGUAAUGGAUCGGGACUAGUCUGGUAGUUCAGAUCGCCAUACAACAACGAAAAGGGGCUUGAUUUAGUCGGA